AAAUCUGUAAUAUUUUGUUGAAAUUUUUAAUAUUAUUAAUGUAAUGUUCUGUGUACAGUGUGAUAUUAGAUAUUAUAGUGGUGUAAUAUUAUAGUAUCAUUCGUAAAGUUAUACGAUGUACUUUGACCUGUCUACGUGACAACAGUUAAAUUUGUUAUAAAUAUAGAAAAUACACCAAACGCAUUUACAAGUUGCUUCCAGAUUGAGAUACUCUACAGAAAUGUCACCUAAAUAUAAAACAUUAGCAAUAUCUACUCCAAAACCUUUUGUUUACAUGGUCAAAUUGAAUAGACCAGAGAAACGAAAUGCAAUGAGUCCAACUAUGUGGAGAGAAUUUAAGGAAUGUUUCGAGGAAUUAGCAUUCAAUCCCGAAUGCCGAGUAAUUAUUUUGUCAGCUGCUGGAAAGACAUUCUGUGCAGGAAUUGAUUUGCAAGGAUUGAUGGAAACGGGUCAGGACUUGACACAGCACGAAGAUAUUGCACGUAAAUGUAAAGUUUUGGAAUCCAAAAUUAAAUAUUAUCAAGACUCACUUACCGCUAUAGAGAAGUGUCCAAAACCCGUAAUAGCUGCUGUACAUGGUGCAUGCAUCGGCGCAGGUAUGGACAUGGUAUCCACAACUGAUAUACGCUAUGCUUCCUCUGAUGCAUACUUCCAAAUAAAGGAAGUAGACAUUGGCAUGGCAGCUGAUGUAGGUACACUUCAAAGAUUUCCAAAGAUUGUGGGUUCUGAUAGUUUAGUGAGAGAACUUGUCUACACAGCACGAAAGUAUCCGGCGGCUGAAGCACUGGAAAGCGGAUUUAUAAAUCGCAUAUUGGACAAUGAAGAAAGCUUAUUGAAUAAAACAAUAGAAAUUGCUGAAACCAUUGCAACUAAGAGUCCAGUUGCUGUGCAAGGUUCAAAAAUAAGUAUGGUAUAUUCCAGAGACCACUCUGUUCAAGAAGGAUUAGAUCAUAUAAUGGUGCAUAACAAAGCAAUGCUUCAGAGUGAAGAUUUCUUAAAUGCAGCUAUGGCACAGGCUGUUAAAGGUGAUCCUCCGAUAUUUUCAAAGUUGUAAUAUCUAAUAUUGUUAAUUGAUAAAUUAUCUAUUUACACAUUUAAUUACCAUUAUUCAUAAGAAAAAAAUAACCACAAAUUUUUAUAUUUUAAUAUCAAAUUUUAGA